UACAUAUCCAGAAACUAUUAUGGGAAUUGAAGUCACUGCCUAAGGGUUUACUUGCCUUAGCUCACCACUGCUAUAACCUCGAACUUCAUUCCACUUUAUUUCAGAGUGAUUGUAAGGACACAUUCUCUUUCAUGAUAAGUCAGGGUAAUGGAAUGGGAUCAUGAGGUUAGAAUCCCAUUUGGGUGUAUUAUUAAUGGUGGCUAUUGCAACCACACAGUACCAUGCAAAGUAAAAUGAAGUGUUUCAUACAUUCCCUAAGGAUUUAUUUUCCUGUGUCUAAUAACUGAACAUUAUUAAAUGGUUAACUCAUUUUCAGGAAUCUAAAUGGCCUCCUAAAUAUCAAUGGCAACAAUGUGAAUUUGUUCAAAUUGUGUCAUCUGUUAAGGAUGGAACUCAUGACAUUAACAGAACUUUGUCAGCAGGCUUGGCGAGACUAAUCCAAUACCUGAAAUAGUUAACUUGGGAAAUGACUCAUUGAUCAUUCUGUCUGGCCCAAUUGAUUGGUCCCUUUGACUUGGUCAGUUGAACACAAUUAGUUGUACUACACAUGCAGAUUUAUAUCAUAUCCAAACAUAAUCACAACCUAUAAUACAACUAUUUGAAAAGUUUAAAUAGCAUGCAUUUGACAUGUAUUGAUGUCCAGAGCUUCGCCAUGAGAUGGUUGGCAGUAUUGGUAACAUGUCCUACUGUGUCUGUGUGGUGUCCUGCUGUCAACAAUUGUGUGGUAAAACUAGCCCCAGGCCAUUGUCCAGUCGCUUGGUGGAUCGAUCCUCGGAUUUUAUGAGUCCUGCUUGCAACAGAUUGGAGAGACACUCACUGUAGCUAUGCUCAGAGAUGGGUUGACUAUCUCUUCAAUCGGUGGAAACAAAAGUUUAAUGCUACCAAAUAAUCAGUUCUUUCUGAAGCAAGUGGAACUCACAACCUAGUUGAAAUGUAAGUUAAUUCUAACUAUUAAAUCCUUUGAGAUGUUUUAUUUUAUUUUGCCUUAUUGGAUCAAUCAAUUUAGUAAAAGGCAAUUGUUCUGCAAUCAUGAAAAAUAUACACAGUAAACCUUUAUGAAAUAAUUGCUUAAACUGUAAGAUAUUUAUGUUAUACUAUGGCCCAGUGGAAGUUUAUGUUAAAUCGUUAUUUGUAUUUUUUAUUUUACAGCAUAAAGAUAUGUGAAACAGAAGAUGGGGGAUUGGAACUUGUUGGGGAGUAUCUUAGAAGAGGUACAUAUUCAUUCAACCAUUGUGGGAAAAAUCUGGCUAACCAUCCUUUUUAUAUUCCGGAUGCUCGUACUUGGUGUGGCAGCAGAGGAUGUUUGGGACGAUGAGCAGAGUGAGUUUGUGUGCAACACGGACCAGCCUGGGUGUAAGAAUGUGUGCUACGACGAUGCAUUCCCCAUUUCUCUUAUCCGAUACUGGGUGUUACAAAUCAUUUUCGUGUCCUCUCCCUCUCUGGUGUACAUGGGACAUGCACUGUACCGUUUGAGGGCCCUUGAAAAAGAGAGACACAAAAAAAAAGCUUUCCUGAAAGCAGAGCUAGAGGGCGCUGAGCCCGUUCAUGAAGACAGGCAGAGGAUGAUAGAGAGGGAGCUGAGGAAGCUGGAGGAACAGAAGAGAGUAAGGAAAGCUCCACUCAGGGGCUCCUUGCUUCGCACAUAUGUUUUCCAUAUCUUGACGAGGUCGGUGGUGGAGGUUGGCUUCAUAAUCGGACAAUAUGUACUCUAUGGCAUUGGGCUGGAUCCUUUGUACAAAUGUGAGAGAUUGCCUUGCCCAAACAGUGUGGAUUGCUUUGUGUCCAGACCAACUGAGAAGAACAUUUUCAUGAUCUUCAUGCUCGUCAUCGCUGGGGUUUCUUUGUUCUUGAAUCUCCUCGAGAUAUUCCACCUGGGAGUGAAGAAAGUCAAACAAAGUCUGUAUGGAAAUAAAGGUGCAGAUGAUGACAGCAUAGUAUACAGGUCCAAGAAAAACUCCAUGGUCCAGCAGGUGUGUGUCCUUACAAACUCAUCUCCCCAAAAGAUGAUGCAGUUCACUCAGAGAGCCUGCACAAUGGAUGCUGUCCCCUUGUACAUGCCUUCAGUAGCUCCUCACAAUGAUGGUGGUGGCACCAACGGUUCAGAGCAGUACCCUAGACAGCUGGGGGCCGUGGAGCACCACUACACCCUAGACCAGAGGGACCACUCAUGCAGCAGUGAUGACUCCAACGGGCCUAAAGGCUCAGGCCAAACUAGGUACGACGGAGCACAGCCACCGCCUUCACUCAUGGCCAGCCAUAUGGAGAUACCAGCAGCCCUGCAGAACCACCUGCGCAAACAGAGCCGGGUCAGUGCUCUGCAGGACUACAGUGACAUAAGUGAUUCAUCUGACAGUGACCACUAUCCCACGGCGAGGAAGGCUAGUUUCAUGUCCCGGGGACUCUCUCAGACCAACCUGGCCAGUCCUCCUGAUAGCCCGAACUCCGGGAGUGGGGCGGACACAGAGGCCAAGCGUAUCGCCCAAGGAGAGAGCCCACCUAUGACCCCGCCUCCAGCCAGUGGACGAAGAAUGUCAAUGAGCAUGAUUCUGGAACUGACUUCAAUCAUGAAAAAGUGAGAACUGGCUGAGGGACCAGAAGGAUCUGGGUGGGGAACCCGAUCGCAAAGCGACACUUCCUUCUAAUUGCCUAAUUGUAUUCAUAAUAACAUAUGUAUAGAGCUCGCAAGUUUGUAAUCCUAAAAACUGGAAAAUGUGUUACCACUGUUUCGUUCAGCCAUUCCUAUGGGGGAAAUGAAUAGGGAAAGAAUGGGGCUUUAGGAUGAACACCGAAAAUAAGGUCUUCGUAGCUCUUCUACGAUUUUGUUCUAUGAGAUAAUAUCAGUCAGUUAACAUGACCUUUAUGAAUUAUGAACCCUUUAUGUGCUUGUUUUGAUUACAUAAAUGCUUCGAAAUUCACAAAAAGUGACAGCUGUUGAAGAUGAUCUCAUAGAACAAAACGUUUAAGACCUACUAAGCUUGUGUUUAAUACAGACCUUAUUUUCGGGCAUUUAUCCAUAAUGCCUCAAUAAAAUACAUUUUCCAAAAGGCUUUGGCCAACGAGCCAUGUCGGAGUUAGUUCCUACAAGAAGACGCCAUUACUAUUUCUCUCUAUUGUGGACGAGAAGUAAAUGCUUUAGUACAAUUAUGUUGGCAUGGGUAUGUCUAAUUUCUAUUUUUUUUAUUUGUCACAUGCUAUCUUUGCGGUAUCACAUUUAAUAUAAUUUUUGUGGAAUUUAUGAGUGAAAGCUACUUUUAAUUACAUUUUGCACAUUAAAAUGACAUUUGGCUUAAAGUGAGCAUGUUCAUAUGGUGAGACAUUGGCCUUCUAAGGAAAUUCUUACAUUUUUAAAAGACUCCUGGCUCGUGAUGGCUAAUACACUUAAAACACUGUGGGAUAUGAUAACCUACGCUAUACAAAAUCUUUUAUCUCAAAAUGUAAGAAUUAUUUUUGAAAGCACUUUGAUAUUGUUUACUGUACAGAAUGAUGAUAAAGUUGGAGAUAGAAGGGCUCUUCAAAUUCAACAAAAUGGGAAUUUAUUGAUGAACCAUGUUAUCGAUGUUUUUUCUAUUAAAUACAUUAUUUUCAA